AUUUAAUAAAUUAUGUAACGCAAUUAAAGUAAGGACUUUCCUCUGUUAGAAGCAAAACAAAUAUAGAUAAAUAUUCAUUGUUCAAUUUUUUCAGUGAAUGAUUCAUCAGAUAAAAAAAAAAGAUAAAUAGAUAGAUAUAGAGUGAUAGAGUUAGAGAGAGAAGAACAUAGAAGAAGAACCAGCAAGUGGUUCUAGAGAGAGAAAGAAAACAUAGAAAGUACUUUCGCCUUAGCUUGCUCAAACUUGCCUCGUCUAUACUGUAUUGGGCAGUUCAGAGAAAUCACAAAGAUCUUUCAACAUUUUUCUCUUUCUUUUCUUCUCUCAGUUCAACAACAACAACGAGUUUUUGUUUUUUAAUCUUCAUUUUUAUUCCUUCUAAAAAAAGUGUCAGAGUGAAAGUGAUAAGCUACGAAGUUGAAGUUGAGAUUAAGAAGAAUGUGGAAUCUGAAUGACUCACCCGAUCAGAGAAAAAACUACGAAUCAGAAGGAUGUUCAAUCGAGGGUGAAGAAGUUGAUGAAAAAGGAAAGAGAGUUGGAUCUGUUUCGAAUUCAAGUUCAUCUGUAGUUGUUAUAGAAGAUGGAUCGGAAGAAGAAGGUAACGAUAACAGCAAUAACAGUAACGGUAACGGAAACGGUAACGGAGUGUUGAGGAAACGAACUAGUAAGAUUUUCGGAUUCUCAAUGGAUGACAGUGACGACAGUCCGCCGGUGACUAGACAGUUUUUUCCGGUGGAGGAUUCUGAGGUGACAGCGGUGGUUGAUUCUCCUUCCGGUGGCGGCGGUGUGGUUGGUUCUUCUUUUCCACGUGCUCACUGGGUUGGUGUGAAGUUUUGUCAAUCGGAGACAGUUAACGGUGGGAAAUCGGUUGAAGCGUCGUCGCAACCGAUUAAGAAGAGUCGUCGGGGACCGAGGUCAAGAAGUUCGCAGUAUAGAGGUGUUACUUUUUACCGACGAACAGGUCGAUGGGAAUCUCAUAUAUGGGAUUGUGGAAAACAAGUGUAUUUGGGUGGAUUUGACACGGCACAUGCAGCUGCUCGUGCAUAUGAUAGAGCUGCAAUUAAGUUUAGAGGAGUGGAAGCGGAUAUAAAUUUCAAUAUAGAAGAUUAUGAAGAGGAUUUGAAGCAGAUGAGCAAUUUAACAAAGGAAGAGUUUGUGCAUGUGCUUCGGCGACAAAGCACUGGAUUUCCGAGAGGGAGUUCGAAAUAUAGAGGUGUAACUUUGCAUAAAUGUGGAAGAUGGGAGGCUCGAAUGGGUCAAUUCUUAGGCAAAAAUUUGAUUCGAUUUACUAGGUAUGUUUAUUUGGGUUUGUUUGACACCGAGAUUGAAGCUGCAAGGGCAUAUGAUAAAGCAGCAAUAAAAUGCAAUGGUAAAGAGGCUGUUACCAAUUUUGAUCCCAGCAUCUAUGAUAAUGAGCUUAAUACUACUACUGAAUCCUCGGGUAAUGCCGCGGAGCAUAAUCUGGAUUUAAGUUUGGGUAAUUCAAGUUCUAAAGGUAAUAAUAGUCAAGCAUUUGUUACUGAUCAGCAUAUGGCACCUGAAUCAAAUUGGCGGAAUGGUGGAAUCAGGCCUAAACCGGUAAAUAUACUUCCAAGACCAUGUGGUGUAAGUAACAUGGAAGGCUAUGCAAGGGAUGUGUAUGGAGAGAGCGAAGCCUUGCGGAUGUUAAGCCAAACUCAUCUUCAAUCUCCCGUCACUAAUGAAAUGCAUAGAUAUGGUCCCUACCGGUCACCUGUUGAACAACACUACCCUCAAAUGCUUCACAGUUUUCCACAUCUUCACCCCUCAAAUUUUCAUGUAGGUAUCGAUCAGCAGCAGCAGCAACGGAGGCCGAAUUGGAAGCGACUUAUCAUUAUCAAUGUCGGAACAACAAAAAUGGCAAACUGGGCCGCCACAUUUGUUAGCAACUGCUGCUGCAGCAUCAUCAGGAUUCCCACCUCAGAUAACAAGACCCUCUUCUUCUUCUUCUUCUCAAGGUUGGCUGCAGAAAAAUGGGUUCCACACACUCAUGAGACCCUCUUGAACCUUCAAAACUAUUUCAACCUUGCCAUUUUUAAUUCACAUUUAAAUAAUCUUCUCUUAUUGCUAUUAUUUUUUUCUUUCUCUUGAGCAUGUACAAAUGAAUGCGGUUUAUAUUAGUACAAAACCAUAACUUUACUAUUGAGGUGAAAGAAGUGAACCAAAUUUGGAACAAAGAACACUCAUUGGUCUUGUUUGAGUCACAGUCAAAACUAACAAACAGACGAAAAAUCUUUAACUAGAUACUAUUCUGACUAAAAUAUUUAUUAAUAUAAAGAAAAAAAAAUUUAUAGGAUAUGAUUUAUUGUUGCAAUGUAGUAUUUGUGUGUUAUAUUAUGGUAUUUAUGACAGCUCCUAUUCGUUUCUUAAUUUGGGAUGUAUUGCUAUCACAAACACGUGGUUGUCAAUUUGUUCCUUAUUUUCUUGGCCUAAAAAACUUUACCAAGGAAAGAUGCUACCUUUGGUUCCUUAAUAAGGGAAUACAGGUUUUGUUUAGGUUGGCCAAAAAACAUUGAGACAAAUGAGAAUCUAGCUAGGAAAAAAUAAAAACAUAAGGGGAUUAAUUAAUUAAUUAUAUUUUAUAGUGUCUUGGAAAUAUCAUAAGAUGGUGAUGAAUAGUCUCAAUCAAUGGUGUCCUUUGAAUCAGUUCUCUUGGCCAAAAGCAGUCAGACAAAGGCUAUAAUGACGAGAGGGACCUAUCAUUGGUCGUCUAAAGCUUCAUAAGGACACUGAUACAGUGUUUUUGAGAGAGAAAUUUUAGCCUCCAAAAGGGUAUAAAUGGUCAAGUGUUUUCAUUGUUUCAGAGUUUAGGACCCUCUCAAGUUUUUAACUUUUACCAUAAAUAAAUAUUGCAAAUUCCGGUAAUGGAUCACUUUAAUAAGGAGUAUCUAUAAACAAUUUCA